AUGUUAAAGCUACAUCUAAGAAAAAUGUCAUCUUCAUCAUCCCAAAACUAUGCUCAAGACUUUGUGAACUUUUUAAACGCUUCACCAACUCCAUAUCAUGCAGUUCAUAAUAUGAAAGCCCACUUAUUGAAAUAUAACUUCAAAGAAUUGAAAGAAACUGAAGCAUGGGAGUUUGGGAACCAAAUUCAACCAAAGGGUAAAUAUUUUGUGACAAGAAAUAACUCAUCGAUCAUUGCCUUUGUUAUAGGAAAUAAAUGGACUGCUGGCAAUCCAAUUGCCAUCACUGGUGCACAUACCGAUUCUCCAGUUUUAAGAAUCAAGCCAAUUUCAAAUAAGGUUAAGGAGAAAUUCCAACAAAUUGGUGUCGAGGUUUACGGCGGUGGUAUCUGGCAUUCAUGGUUCGAUUCAGACCUUUCCAUUGCUGGUAGAGUUAUGUGUAAAGAUGAAAAGUCUGGCAAAAUAGUAUCUCGAUUGGUAGAUCUUAAGAAACCUCUUUUGAAAAUUCCAACUUUAGCGAUUCAUUUAGACAGAACAGUCAAUGAACGUUUUGAAUUUAACAAAGAAGCCCAAUUAUUACCAAUUGCUGGUUUAGUUAAUGAAAGUAAAGGGAAAAAGACAGGAUGUUGCGGUAAUGAAGACUCAGAAUUAUCCGACACCCAAUUUUCUUCCAUAAAAUCGAUUAUUGAAAGACAUCAUGAGGACUUGUUGGAAUUAAUUGUCAAAGAAGUAUCACUACCUUCAAUCAACUCGAUUGAAGAUUUUGAAUUGAUUCUUUACGACAAUAAACCUUCCUGUUUGGGUGGUUUGCACCAGGAAUUUAUUUUCUCUGGUAGAUUAGACAAUUUAACCUCGUGUUUUACUUCCAUGCAUGGUUUAUCUGAAGCAGCGGAUGUAGAUCUAGAAAAUGAAACAGGUAUUCGUUUAAUGUCUUGUUUUGAUCAUGAAGAAAUUGGUUCAUCUACCGCUCAAGGUGCUGAUUCAAAUUUUUUACCAAAUAUUUUGGAGAGACUAACUUUAUCUAAUGCUGAAGGUUAUGUGAAAUCCCUAUUAUUAGAAUCCUCAGCUAAAUCAUUCUUUUUAUCUUCAGAUGUUGCACAUGGUGUUCAUCCAAAUUACGCAUCCAAAUCUGAAGAAGAUCAUAAGCCAGAACUAGGUGCAGGUCCUGUUAUAAAAAUUAACGCCAAUCAACGUUACAUGACUAAUUCACCUGGUUUAGUAUUGAUUAAACAAAUUGCUGACAAGGCUAAAGUCCCCCUACAGUUAUUUGUGGUCAAAAAUGAUUCCCCAUGUGGUUCAACCAUUGGUCCAAUCUUAGCAUCUAAAACUGGUAUAAGAACACUAGAUUUAGGAAACGCUAUUUUAAGUAUGCACUCGAUUAGAGAAACUGGUGCCGCUAGAGAUAUUGCUUCUCAAAUUGGUUUAUUUAAGCAAUAUUUUGCUACUUAUUCUAAAACUUAUGAUGAUAUUGUUGUUUGA